CUGAACCAGUCUCAGGACCGUCAAGAACGGCUCGCCAUUCUCAACUGGCUCAGCUCUUUCGACCACACAGCUCAACAGAACGAUAUUUCAGCUCGAAAACAAGCGGGAACAGGCCUAUGGCUUCUUCAAUCCACCGAAUUCGCCUCUUGGAUGUCCACCAAUGGCCAAACUCUCUUCUGUCCGGGGAUCCCCGGCGCCGGCAAGACAAUUCUCUCAUCUAUCGUGGUUGAAGAACUCAUGAAGCAGUUCCGGGAUGAUGCGAGUGUUUGUGUGGCUCACAUCUACUUCAAUUAUCAGCAGCAAGAGAACCAAACUAUCGAUCAGGUCUUUGGGAACUUGCUUAGACAGCUAGUGGCACAACAAUCUAAUAUUCCGGCUGCCGUUGAAGAGUUGUAUAAAGAGCAUAUUAGAUGGGGCUCCAAGCUGGCAUUUGAGGAAGUUCGUGACCUUAUUCACAGCCUAUCCUCACUAUACUCAAAAGUCUUCAUCAUCGUCGACGCCCUCGACGAAUGUCCCCCCCGAGACGGACGCCGAAACACCUUAUUGUCAGAAUUCAUGGAGCUCCAGACUACCCUCUCAGCCAACCUCAUGUGCACAUCUCGGCCGAUUCCGGAGAUUGAGGCUUGGUUCCCCAAGGCAAUAUUGGUCGAGGUGCGUGCGAGUGAGCAGGACGUUCAGAAAUAUCUCGACGGCCAGUUCAGACGUUUGCCAGGCUUUGUUACGCGAAGCCCCGACCUUCAAGAACAGAUUAAAAGCCAAUUAGUGCAGGUCGUGGACGGAAUGUUCCUACUCGCCCAUCUCCACCUCGAGUCUCUGAUGUACAAACGCACUCCAAAGGCCCUUCGUGCAGCUCUCGAAGGACUUCCACGUGGCUCGACAGCUUACGACGAUACCUACAAACAAACAAUGAAGCGUAUUCAGAAACAAUUCCCUGAUCGGGCGGAACUCGCUGUGGACGUGCUGCAGUGGAUCGUCUGUUCCAAGUCCCCUCUCACGGUAUCAGAACUUCAGCACGCCUUGGCCGUGGAGGUUGGGGAAGAAGAUCUGGACUUUGACAACCUCCCUGAUGCCGAUGACAUGGUGACGGCCUGUGGGGGCCUAGUCGCUGUUGAUCAAGAAAGUGGCAUCAUCCGCCUCGUUCACUACACCACUCAGGAGUACUUUGAGCGCACCAGAGAUACCUGGUUUCUGAAUUCUGAAGAUCAGAUGACUGAGGUUUGCCUCACAUAUCUCUCGUUUAAUCCAUUUAAGAGAGCGCAUUGCCACAACGGAGACGAGUACCGGAAGCGUCUUCAAGACUGGCCUUUCUAUCGAUAUGCUUGCAAACACUGGGGAAUGCACGCCCGCCAAACACCACCUGCAAGGAUCUUGGCCUUCUUUCAGCUCAAACAGGCUGAUGUCUUUGACGCUGACGCAGCAGACAAGAAUGGAAGAGCUCCGCUGUCGUAUGCUGCUGCUGAGGGCUAUGUGGAAGCCGUUGAAGUGCUUUUACAAAGAUACAAGGUCAAUAUCAACUCGAAAGACCAAGACCAAACGACUCCCCUAUCCCACGCUGUUCAGUGCGGUCAUGAGAAAGUGGUUAAACUGCUUCUACAGACCCCGGGUGUUGAUGUCAACUCGAAAGACCUCACUCAAAGGACUCCCCUCUCUUACGCUGCCGACUAUGGUCUCGACGUCAACUACAAGUCCAGAGCAUACUUUUAUCUUCACGUCCCUAACUCUCGCGAAGUAGAACACGGCCAAACACCUCUCCUGAUCGCCACAAAGGCAUGGGGUCCCCCGGACAUAGUCAAGUUGCUCCUUGAGAACGGAGCUGAUGCAAACGGGGCAUCGGAAGACGGGGCGACACCACUGUCCAAUGUUACCAAGCGUGGAGACAAAGCGCUCGUGGAUCUGCUUCUCGAGUAUGGUGCAAAACCGGUGAAGCCAAAGAGAAGACGGAGGGUAAACAAAGGGUGGCCAGAAUCAACCCAUUUUCAAGUGAGCAUGAUAAGUGACCCCUGGCAAGAGAUAUACCCUCUGUCGUAG